AUGUCUGAAAAUAAAAUUACGAUUGAAAAUUUAACCAAAGAAGGACUUGUUCAUAUGAUAUACAAACAAACUGAAUUAAUUGAAAAACAGAAUGAUCUCAAUAAAAUACAAGAAGAAGAUACCCCGCCCGAAGAAACGAUCAGUAAACGGUCGCAUACGAUACAGAUACGGCCCGUUUUACGUGCCAUAUUUUCCCCGUAUAACAGUGGCAGUAAUACGGCCAAAUCGUUGGAUACAUUGUUACACAAGAGAUCAAAUACUAUUAUUGAUACUACAUUAUCUUCUGAAGUAGAUGUUCAAUUAUCAAUUGAUUCACCAAAUGAAUCAUUAACUAGUCAUAAAGAAAAAAUAAAAUCGAAGGUUAUCAAAUACAAAUAUUGUAUUUUAAACUUCAUUGGAUCUGUUAUUGAUACUUUCAUAAUGAAUUUAUUGGAUAUUUUGCCGAAAUGGCUUAUUUUGAUUAUCUCGUUACUACUAUUUGUUACAAUUGAUUUAUUAUGUUAUAAGCAUACAUCGAUAUUACUUGAAGCAUAUGCUUUUUUCAUGUCAUUAAUCUAUUCUAUUAAGUCCAAUGAAACACAAAAUAGAGAUCUUGAAACAGCAUCAUCAUCAUCAUCAUCAUCAUAUAAUUCAACAACACACAAUGAUUAG